GAAAUAAUUAAUUGAUCGCUGUCUAGGAAUUUAGUUUAAUAAUGUUUUUAAAAACCAGGGUUACCAAAUAAAUUUAAAUAAAUUUAAAUCACUAGAAACACAUAGAUAGUAAUCAUGGCAGCAGGCCCUAUUGCCGAACGUAAUCAAGAUGCCACAAUAUAUGUGGGUGGAUUGGAUGAUAAAGUUACAGAGUCCCUUAUGUGGGAAUUAUUUGUUCAAUCAGGACCAGUAGUAAAUGUCCAUAUGCCAAAAGAUAGAGUGACACAAAUGCAUCAAGGCUAUGGAUUUGUAGAAUUUAUGGGAGAAGAAGAUGCGGAUUAUGCUAUUAAAAUAAUGAAUAUGAUAAAAUUGUAUGGAAAACCAAUAAGAGUAAACAAAGCAAGUGCUCACCAAAAAAAUCUAGAUGUUGGAGCUAAUAUCUUUAUUGGGAAUCUUGAUCCGGAAGUAGAUGAAAAACUUUUGUACGACACUUUCAGUGCAUUUGGAGUAAUUCUUCAAACACCAAAGAUAAUGAGAGAUCCUGAAACAGGAAAUUCAAAAGGUUUUGCAUUUAUAAAUUUUGCUUCGUUUGAUGCAUCCGAUGCGAGUAUAGAAGCAAUGAAUGGCCAAUAUCUAUGCAACAGACCAAUUUCUGUUUCGUAUGCUUUCAAACGCGAUGCGAAAGGUGAAAGGCAUGGUAGCGCGGCUGAAAGAUUGUUAGCUGCUCAAAAUCCACUAAGUCAAGCAGAUAGGCCUCAUCAAUUGUUUGCCGAUGCUCCUCCUUUAGCACCCCCUCCAAUUCCAAAUUCAAAUACAGCGACUCAUCAAACUGCUCAUCAUCCUCAACAUCACGUAAUGCACGGUAUGGUUGUACCACCUCCUCCUCCACCAUCGACACCAGGACCUCCAAUGGGUCACCCACCGCCACCACCUGUUCCACCUCCACCGUCGAGCGGUUUCCCUCCAGCGAGUAUUCCUCCGCCACCUUUACCCCCAAUGUCAAUGGCAACACAUCCUCCUCUACCACCUGGAAUGCCACCUCCACUGCCACCUAUGCCCGUUCCAACGUCUCAAGCGCAACAAACAACUCCCAGAAUGAUAGCGCCACCACCUACUGCUCAUUGGGGCGUAAGCGGACCACCUCAAGGUCAAUUUCCACCACCACCACCUCCUUCAUCCACCGGUGCACCUCCACCUCCGCAAUUUGGACAAUUUCAACCACCACCUCCCCGACCACCACCAACCUGGAGGCAUCCACCACCCCCUCCGGUGUCUCAAGGUGGACCACCGCCACCUCCACCUCCACAGUUUCGACCUCCCUUCCCACCGAGAGGUCCUCCCCCUCCACCGCCGCCUCACGAUUCCAGUCAAUAUUAAAUUUAUCAUUUUUUCCCUCUUCGAUAUGUUUAAUUUAAAAACGUAAUUUUGACUGUGUUCAAAUUCAUUAACAUAAUUAAAUACUAACUGAUUGUACAAAUAUUCUGUAAGACAAAUUCACAAUAAAUUUUUUAAAUUUUAUCUUA